CGCCCCACCCUCCCUGCCAUCCCUGCCAAGCGCCACCUACCGCGCGCCUCCGCACGCCCCCUCAACGCCACCCCCGGCCGCUGCCCCCACCUCCCUCAACGGCAGACGCACCACCGUCCCCACCUUCCUCCACGUCAGAUGCGCCGCCGCCCCCACCUCCCUCCAUGGCGGACGCUCCGCCACCCCCACAUCCCUCCCCGGCGGCGAGCCACCGCACCCACCUCCUCCCGCUCGGCAGAACACGCCGCCGCCCCCACAUCACACACCGCCUCUCCAACCAUCUUCCCGCGCGCCACCGGAUCUCGCCGCCACACUUCCGCCAUGGUCACGCUCGCUCUGAGCCCCAACUGCCACUGCCGCUGCAGUCCUGGGCCACCGUCUACCGCAGUCCCCAGCUUGCUGCCGCCGAAGGAGCGGUCAACCCAGCAACGCUUCUCUGUGGUAACGUGUGCAUGAUUAGUCUGAAUGCUUGCAUGUGAAGUGCCAACAAAGAUAUAUAGCAACAGCCGGUCGAGUCAAAUGAGGCUUGGUGGAGUGAGAAAUAAAGCUAAUCACAAGCAAAAGUGAAUGACAGAGAUGGUGUGCUGAAUGGAGCCUAAACCUGCUGAUGGAAAGAUAUAUAGCAACUAUUCUUUACACGUUCUACUGAUACGAGACGUGUGUGUCUACGGAUUUGAGGGAUUUGCAAUAAAAUUCCAAUUUUUGUCCUUCUACGUCCAUGAGCUAAUUUCUGGGUGUGCUGCUUGUGUGAUGUGAUGUACCGUAUGCUGUAUAGAUUUUUAUGAAGUUCCUCUUGUGAACCGAACUAAGUUAGAUUGCAGCUGCUUUGAAUUUGCC